AUAAGAACCUAAAAAGAGCAAGAGGGUCUGAGAGGUGCCGCCGUAUACCCUCUGCGACGCACUCACCAUGGAAAACGACGACGUUGAUAUGCUCGGCGCCGAACACACCGAAGCUGACUUGGACGACAUGAAGAGGCGCUUGAAGGAGAUGGAAGAUGAAGCUGCUGCUUUGAAGGAGAUGCAAGCCAAGGUCGAGAAGGAGAUGGGAUCUAUGCAAGAUCCUGCUACUGCUGGUGCAAGUCAGAGCAAUAGAGAGGAAGUAGAUGCUCGGUCAGUCUUUGUAGGCAAUGUGGACUAUUCAUGUACUCCCGAAGAAGUGCAGCAACAUUUUCAAUCAUGUGGAACAGUAAACCGUGUCACCAUUCGCACUGAUAAGUUUGGCCAACCCAAGGGUUAUGCAUAUGUAGAGUUUCUUGAAGUUGAGGCUGUUCAAGAGGCUCUUCUGCUGAAUGAAUCUGAACUACAUGGGCGCCAAUUGAAGGUGACUGCAAAGAGGACCAACAUACCAGGGAUGAAGCAGUAUCGACCCCGCCGUUCCAAUCCUUACAUGGGGUUUCGAGGCAGAGCUGCAUUUGCUCCUCCAUUUGCCUUUUCCCCAUAUGGAUACGGAAAGGUUCCAAGGUUCAGGAUGGCAAUGCGCUACAGCCCCUAUUAUUAAAUGCGCAGUUAUACAGAUAUGGAUCCUUGAUUGACAAAUGAAUGGACAUAGUGAUCAUCUGCUCCCUCGUAUGGCAUCAUGGCCGAUGCUUUGGGCAUAAGUAUGAGGGAACUAUCUGCCCCACCUAGACUGAUGUGGUUGGUUCUGAGCACAGCAAACAUUGUAAACUUUUAAUGUUUCUUUCGCGGCCUUUGGUAUUUGGCAUAUUCAAAUGUUCUUUGUAAAAGUAUCCAUCGUUCAAGUGGUUAAUAUAUGGGUUUCUGUGUUACUUAUUAUAUGCUA